UUUACUGCCCGAAGUUCCAGUUUAGUGGUUUUUCGAACAUGGCUUAUUCAGUGACUGAACGGGGUUCUCUCUACAGUCAAGACUACAGGGUUUACAUACGUAAGCAUACUUACUACCUAUCGUUGCUCCAAUGUCAGAAAUAUUGGCUGAUAGUAUACCCCCGUGCCCUUGAACUUCCACCUCUAGAUGCGCUGUGCCAAAUAUAGAUUGAAAUAAUAUUCAAUUUAAAAGAAUGCAUGCAUACAAUUAAUUGUAGUAAAUUCUCUGGUCAUUGAUUUUUAGUAGUUGUAGUCUUAUGGUGACUAUCAAAUAAAAAGUAGAAGGUAGAGUAUUAGGUAUUUUGAGACCUGCACAAGCUGGUACUGUCCUGAUCAUUUCAUUACGUGAAUUGAUGAAACAAAACUAAUGUAACUCUGCUAUAACCUACAAGGGAGUCACAGAGAUGAGGUAGGGCUACAGCUACAAACAGACGAGUCCUGUUUUUGUAAAGAUAAAAUUUAUUUAUCACAAAUAACCUCAUACAUUUCAAGGUACUCUUCAAUGCCCCUUUAAUGCUUGAUCAUGACUCUCUGGGGAGCUUGGAGUCAUGUUCUGCAUUCUUACAGGAGACAUAAACUUACAGGUUACCUUAGGAUCCAGUUAAUAGAAAUGCUCCCAACUAUUGGGAUUUGGCAGUCUAACAUUAAAUUUAAGACUGCCUUAGAAAAGCUAGCUUAAAAUCCUAGCAAAUUUUCUAGAGGAAACUCAUCUGGAAGUUUUAUGGGCACCCAUUAGAGGGCAAGGGGGUCAUAUAGCCUUCCUGGCUAGUGCUUGAGAAGUAAAAUAUACCUAAUAGGGUAUAGGGUUUCUUCACAGUUUGUUAAUCAACAUUCUGUUUGUUUUUUUUUUAGUUUUCAAAACAUUUGCUGGAAUUGUGAUGUCUGAAUGAUAUUUGGGAGAAAUAAAGGCAACUAUAGCAAUUUCCAACGAUAAUCCUUUGACUUCACGAAUUAUCUUAAUGUUACAGUUAAUAGCAUUGUUGAUACAUUAGCAAUGCAUAUCAUGUGACUUGACUAUGUACUACUUUUAUUUGAGAAAACAUUGGAUAGAAAUUCAGUUACCUUUAUUAUGGUUGUUUGGUUUUGUGACUGGAAAAUUUCAAUGAACAAUAAAGUUAUUGAACUUCAACAGAAAAUUGUAAUCAUCCUUUUAGUCCAUGAAAUUUAAGCUGUUAGUACUUAUCUAGAAUGAUUUCCAACUAUUAAGUGGUUAUUAUCAAAUGUGUUUUUUAACAAUUUAUUAUUUUUUAAAUAUAUAGAAGAUCAAGAUGGUCCAAUUUCACCACUGCAUGAUAUUCCUUUGGUGGUUGAUGCAAACAAGAAGAUUUUUAACAUGGUAGUUGAGAUUCCAAGAUGGAGUAAUGCUAAAAUGGAGAUAACAAUGAAGGAAAUCUUGAACCCAAUCAAGCAAGAUGUCAAAAAGGGCAAAGUAAGGUUUGUCUCAAACUGCUUCCCACAUCAUGGUUACAUUUGGAACUAUGGUGCUCUUCCACAGACCUGGGAAAAUCCAGAACAUCUAGAUGAUGGGACAGGAUGCAAGGGUGAUAAUGACCCAAUUGAUGUUCUAGAAAUAGGUUAUAGGGUAGCAAAACGUGGUGAAAUCUUGCAGGUGAAGAUUCUUGGAACUAUUGCAUUAAUCGAUGAAGGUGAGACAGAUUGGAAACUGAUAGCGAUCGAUGUCAAUGAUCCAAUCGCAGACCAACUAAAUGACAUUUCCGAUAUAGAAAAACACUUUCCCGGUUUACUAAAAGCAUCUGUUGAAUGGUUCAAAAUAUACAAAAUCCCAGAUGGCAAACCAGAGAACCAAUUCGCCUUCAAUGGCGAGGCAAAACCAGCUGCAUUUGCUCAUAAAGUGGUCGAUGAGGUGCACUCCUUCUGGAAGGCUUUGGUGUCAAAAGAGGUAGAUGCUAAAGGCAUUUCAUGUGUUAAUACGACCAUUGAAGGAAACUCUUUCAAAAUCUCGAAGAAUGAUGCUAAGGAAGUGAUAAAUAAGACUCCAGAGUUAGGACCGGCACAGCCAAUGGAAGCUAUAGUUGAUAAGUGGCACUUUGUGCACUUGAAGUGAACGAGAGUACCCAGAAGGACCGGCUGCAUUUAAACUUUUUUAUUUAUUGUAAUAUGUUACCACUCCAAAUAAAACUGGUAUAAGAUCGUAGGUUUUUUUUUAAUCAUUUUCUGCUGUCUUACGUUUACAGCAUGCGCCACACAG